CCGAUUACUGGGUCAGGCUGUACUGGUUACCACUGGUCUUACAUCACCUGGUUCGCUGUUUCAACAGUUUCCAGUGGUGUGUUAAGUUGCCAUAACAUCGAAAGACCAUACAGUAUUUAAAUAAUGUCAUAUAGACUUAAAAUAGUAUAUUUGCGGAUCUGUGUAUCAAACGGAUAAUAGAACCAAAACCAGACAUAUCAUCAACUGAUGUGUGACCUCGGAAGAUUAUUGGAUUAUUGCCACGUCACCUAUAAAGCUGUGACAAUCGUCUGAGGUCAAUGCCAUGCUUUCAGUAAUCAGAUGCGUCGCUGUGAGGUCGGAAGCUCAGUUGGUCGGUCCUUUCGUCAGCAUACGAUGUUUAUCGGAAACCAGUGGGUCUCCAGACAUAAAUAACAUCAAGCCAUUCAACAACAUCCCCGGCCCAAAUGGCAUAUAUUCGGUGCCAUACAUUGGAACCACGUUCCACUUUAAACCGUUCACUGAUAUACCCGCUCUGGAUAUCACUCUACUACAGAAGAGGCUCCAUACGCAGUAUGGAGACAUAUUAAGGUUCCGGAUGGGAGGCGAGUGGAUCGUUGGAUUAUUCCAUCCCGACCUCUGCCGCGAGGCUCUUCAGCUAACACAGCCACGCUUUCCCAUCCGAUUCCCUGUGUGGAUCCUGCGGAAGUACGCCGAGCGGAUGGGGAUAGAGGAGGGCAUGGGCACCGUUAAUGGUGAGAGGUGGGAGGCCAUCCGUAAACCAACCCAGCACGAGAUACUCAGGCCCACAAGUUUGGCGUCGUACUCUCCCAAAAUCAACUUGGUAGCAGACGAUAUGGUGACGAGACUCAGGGAGCAGGAUACCAUUGAUGACACGCUCCUCACACUGUAUAACUACGCUAUAGAAAAUAUAGGUAUGCUGUUUUUUAAUAGUCGUCUAGGCUGUCUAGACGGCGGAAAGACAGCAGACGACAUUGUCAGAAAUGUGGUGUUUGUGUUUCAUGCUCUGGAGGUUGACAUACGUUCAUCCUUUCGCUGGUACAGAUACUUCAGGACGCCAUUUUACAACAAGUUUGAACAGUCCCUAAACACCCUCAGGAGUAUACUACAGCCGGAAGUGGAUGACUGUAUCUCUCUGUACCACACCCACCAGACCGAGGGGGAUCCAGGAGCCAUACAGGAUACCCAUUGUCUGGUCCAUAACCUAUUGUCAGGAGGGAAGUUGACGGUUGAGCAGAUUAAUUCAUUCAUCAUCGACCUUUUCCUCAGUGGUAUAGAUUCGACGGCAAAAACCAUGAGUUUGGUCCUCAAUAGACUGGCAAUUCACCAAGACAAACAGGAAAAGCUAUACCAAGAGAUACGAGCACAUGGACUGACCGAUGGACAACCUCUAACGAAUGACAUAUUAAAAUCAAUGUCCUAUUUGAAGGCAUGCAUAAAAGAGUCAAUGAGACUCCAUUUUCCUAUAUCUGGAGGCUAUAUAACGGCUGCCCAGUCAGAAAUAGUGGUUGGACAAUACAAAAUACCAGAAAAAACCCUGUUGAUGGUGGCAUGUCCGACAAUGGUCCAGGACGACCGCUUUUUCGAGAACAGUGACCAAUAUCUUCCGGAGAGAUGGAUGCGGUCAGACAUCGUCGACUCGGAUUCAUACAAGACACUCAACACUUUUGCAUUUCUGCCGUUCGGGUUUGGAAAGAGAAGCUGUCUCGGGCAGAGGUUUGCUGAGAGGGAGCUCCAUAUCGGCAUCACCAAGUUGAUCCAAAACUUUGUUUUGUCUGUACCCCGCGGAAACACCAACGUGUCGUGGGAGUACCGAGUGUUUGCCACCCCAAGGGGUAAACUCACCCUCAAUCUGGACCAGCGGGACCAAACUUGAAGUGACAACUGUCCGGAAAAUGAAGACAACUCACGGAAGAUUCUUUUUUACAAAUAACGAAACAACUAACCACGCAUUCCGGUGAAAUACUUUAAUACAGUUUGUUUCUGUAAUAUAUCGUGUAUUGAUGUUUCUUCUAUAUAUCGUGUAUUGAUGUUUCUUCUAUAUAUCGUGUAUUGAUGUUUCUUCUAUAUAUCGUGUGUUGAUGUUUCUGCUAUGUAUCGUGUAUUGAUGUUUCUUCUAUAUAUCGUGUAUUGAUGUUUCUGCUAUGUAUCGUGUAUUGAUGUUUCUGCUAUAUAUCGUGUAUUGAUGUUUCUUCUAUAUAUCGUGUAUUGAUGUUUCUGCUAUAUAUCGUGUAUUGAUGUUUUUGCUAUAUAUCACGUUUUGAUGUUUCUGCUAUGUAUCGUGUAUUGAUGUUUCUGCUAUCUAUCGUGUAUUGAUGUUUCUGCUAUAUAUAGUUUAUUUGAUGUUUCUGCUAUGUAUCGUGUAUUGAUGUUUCUGCUUUAUAUCGUGUAUUGAUGUUUCUGCUAUAUAUCGUGUAUUGAUGUUUCUCCUGUAUAUGGUGUUUUGAUGUUUCUGCUAUAUAUGGUGUUUUGAUGUUUAAACCAUAUAAAAGUGGCGUUUGUUUGAAAUGUUCAAUUAAAACAUAUCUUGAAAAGCAUGGGAUUACCUCUUAGAUUUAGGGAGGAAUAAUAAAGUAUUUUUAAAUUUCAA